UUGGACAGAAGCGGUGUGAAGCACGCAGACAAAGGCUGUAGAAGGAAGAUGGUAAACACACACAAACUAUGUCAUGUUUAUGAAAAUUAGGGCUUUGCUGAUGCUUCACGUGGACCUCUUCCCGUGGUGGUGGAGACACUGAGGAGGAUCUCUCAGCACGGAUGGACAUGGCUUCUGUGGAGGACCAGAACAGAGACUGUCAGUUGGUCUCUGAGGAAAUGGAGGGCAUCUGCGUGAUGCCAGACAUGGGUGGCGUUAAGACGGAGCACCAGGUGGGCGUGACCGCAGAGGAUGCGGGGUCCCAGAACGUCGCCAUGGGGAUCAAAUUCAUCCUACCUAACCGCUUCGACAUGAACGUCUGCUCGCGCUUUGUGAAGUCGCUCAACGAGGAGGACAGCAAGAACAUCCAGGACCAGGUCAACUCAGACUUGGAGGUCGCAUCUGUCUUGUUCAAAGCUGAGUGUAACAUCCAGACUUCACAGUCACCGGGAAUCCAAGUGCGACACGUCUACACACCAUCCACCACCAAGCACUUCUCGCCCAUCAAACAGUCCACCACACUCACCAACAAGCACCGCGGCAAUGAGGUGUCCUCCACUCCCCUCCUGGUGCACUCUUUGUCCAUUCACCAGCUGGCUGCCCAAGGGGAAAUGGUGUUCCUGGCCAGCAGGAUUGAGCAGGAGGCGGUGAUAAACUUGCAGGAUGAGGAAGGGUUCACGCCGCUGAUGUGGGCAGCCGCGCACGGACAGAUCGCUGUCGUGGAGUUCCUGCUGCAGAACGGAGCUGACCCCCACAUUCUGGCCAAGGGAAGAGAGAGCGCGCUUUCGCUGGCCUGCAGUAAGGGCUACACUGACAUCGUAAAGAUGCUCAUCGACUGUGGCGUGGACGUCAACGAGUAUGACUGGAAUGGGGGAGCUCCUUUGCUGUAUGCGGUUCACGGAAAUCACGUGCGCUGUGUGGAGAUCCUCCUAGAGAGUGGAGCAGACCCAACGAUGGAGUCCGACUCCGGUUUCAAUGCCAUGGACAUGGCGGUGGCCAUGGGUCACAGGAAUGUCCAACAGGUGAUGGAAGCCCAUCUGUUAAAGCUUCUACAAGGGAUUAAAGAUUGAGAAGGGAAAUUGCUGCAGAUGCCCCCCUGGUUGUACAUACAGCACUUUAGUUAAAUGCCAAACACCCAUUUACUUGUUACUGGUUACUGUUAGUAAUGUCAACCUCAACACUCACUGUAUUUGUUCUCAUUGAGCUACCCACAAUUAAAACAAAAUCUAAAUACAAGGGUAUUUUAUUAAAAAUAUAAUUACAAAAAAACUGACAGUUUGUCUGUGGAACUUGCUCCCAUAACUCAAUUUUGCUCUUGAAUUGAAACCCAAGCUAUGGUACUUUUUUGAGGAGGAUAGACAACUUGGACAGAAAACAGUUCUGGAAGGAUGAGUUACAUGGACAUAGGCUCAUAUGAACAAAACUGCCCAAGAGACUGCACUCGGAUUGCUGAACUGAAUUUGUGUAAUUAUCAGCCGUGUGCAUUUCAGUUGGAGGCUGAAGUCGUGUCAU